UGAAGACUGCUUCUCACUUUAAUUCCUUUUCUCCCCAUCCAGGUGGCAUAUGAUGUGACUGGCUUGGCUUCCAUGUGGAACAAAGAUGGCGAGACGAAGGUUUAAGAAGUUCAGCACUCUGGAACUUGUUCUCAUUGUUCUGCUGCUUGUGUUGUUCAUCAUUGCAGUGGUUCUAAUUGUGCUCUUAGCCAACUCGACUCCAGCAAAUGUAGCCGUAGAUGCUGAAACAACUGGCACUCCAGACACUACACUCACCAGGACCACUCUUAACUCUCCCAAUUGCCCAGUGCUCAGUGAGCUGCAACGGAUAAAUUGCAUCCCUGACCAGUCAUCUAACAAGGCCACAUGUGAUGAGCGUGGCUGCUGCUGGGAUCCCCAGGGAUCCAUCAUUGCUCCUUGCUACUACUCCAGGGAUCAUGGCUACAAAAUGGAGAGUGACCCUGUAAACACAAAUGCAGGAUUCAGAGCCCCACUGAAAAACUUACCUUCUGCACCCACGUUUGGAAAUGGCAUUGAAAACAUCCUGCUUACAGCUGAGUACCAGACUUCGAAUCGCUUCCACUUUAAGUUGACUGACCAAACCAAGGACAGGUAUGAAGUGCCCCAUGAGCAUGUGAAACCCUUCAGUGGAAAUGCUGCUUCUUCUUUGAACUACAAAGUUGAGGUCUCCAAGGAGCCAUUUAGCAUCAAAAUCACCAGAAAAAGCAAUAACCGUGUGCUAUUUGACUCAAGUAUUGGGCCCCUCCUCUUCUCUGACCAGUUCCUGCAGCUCUCCACCCACCUGCCAAGUACUAAUGUCUAUGGUCUGGGUGAACAUGUGCACCAGCAGUACCGACAUGAUAUGAAUUGGAAGACCUGGCCCAUGUUUUCCAGAGACACAACCCCGAAUGAGGAUGGAACUAACUUGUAUGGUGUGCAAACGUUCUUCCUGUGCCUUGAAGAUAAUAGUGGAUUGUCCUUCGGGGUGUUUCUGAUGAACAGCAAUGCCAUGGAGGUUACUCUUCAGCCUACACCAGCAAUCACAUACCGCAUCAUUGGGGGAAUUCUGGACUUCUAUGUGUUCUUGGGGAACACACCUGAGCAAGUUGUUCAAGAAUAUCUAGAGCUCAUUGGGUGGCCAGCUCUGCCUUCAUACUGGACACUUGGGUUUCAGCUCAGCCGGUAUGAUUAUGAAACCCUAGAUAAUAUGAAAUCAGUUGUGGACAGAAACCGUGCAGCACAACUCCCUUAUGAUGUCCAGCAUGCUGAUAUUGAUUAUAUGGAUCAGAGGAGGGACUUCACUUAUGACACAGUGAAUUUUAAAGGCUUCCCAGAGUUUGCUAAGGAGCUACACAAUAAUGGGCAGAAACUUGUUAUCAUUUUGGAUCCGGCCAUUUCCAACAACUCUCUCUCAAAUAAUCCCUAUCUCCCAUACGAUAGGGGUUCAGAAAUGAAAGUCUGGGUGAAUAGCUCUGAUGGCAUUAAUGCAGUCAUUGGAAAGGUCUGGCCUGGAACAACUGUGUUUCCUGAUUACACCAAUCCCAACUGUGCUGUUUGGUGGACGCAAGAAAUUGAGCGUUUCCACAAUGAAGUGGAGUUUGAUGGAAUUUGGAUUGAUAUGAACGAAGUCUCCAACUUUAUUGAUGGUUCAUUUUCUGGAUGCUCCCAAAACAACUUGAAUUAUCCCCCAUUCACACCAAAAAUCCUGGAUGGACACCUGUUCUCUAAGACUCUCUGCAUGGAUGCAGUUCAGUACUGGGGGAAGCAGUAUGAUGUCCACAAUCUAUAUGGCUACUCCAUGGCUAUUGCCACAGCAGAAGCCGUGAAGACUGUGUUCCCAGACAAGAGAAGCUUCAUCCUAACACGUUCUACCUUCGCUGGUUCUGGCAAAUUUGCAGCCCACUGGUUAGGAGAUAACACUGCCACCUGGAAGGACCUUCAGUGGUCCAUCCCAGGCAUGCUUGAGUUCAACCUCUUCGGUAUUCCAAUGGUAGGGGCUGAUAUAUGUGGCUUUGCCCUGGACACACAUGAGGAGCUCUGCAGGCGCUGGAUGCAGCUGGGGGCAUUUUAUCCAUUUUCUAGGAAUCACAAUGGCCAAGGUUACAAGGAGCAGGAUCCUGCCUCUUUUGGAGCUGACUCCUUGCUGUUGAAUUCGUCUAGGCACUACCUUAACAUCCGCUACACUCUGCUGCCUUACCUCUAUACGCUUUUCUACAGAGCACACACCAGGGGAGACACCGUAGCUAGGCCUCUUCUGCAUGAGUUCUAUGACGACAACAAUACUUGGGGCAUAGACCGGCAAUUUCUGUGGGGACCAGGUCUCCUCAUCACUCCUGUUUUGGAUCAGGGUGCAGAGAAAGUGAAAGCAUAUGUGCCUAAUGCCACUUGGUACGACUAUGAGACCGGAGAGCAAUUGGCAUGGAGAAAGCAAAGCAUUGAGAUGGAACUUCCUGGAGACAAGAUUGGACUUCACCUUCGAGGGGGCUACAUCUUCCCCACACAACAGCCAGCCACAACCACAGAAGCCAGUCGGAAGAAUCCUCUUGGUCUUCUCAUUGCUCUGGAUGAGAACAAAGAAGCAAGAGGAGAGCUGUUCUGGGAUGAUGGCCAGUCAAAAGAUACUGUGGCCAAAAACACUUACCUUUUCACUGAAUUUUCUGCCACUCAAAACCAUUUGGAUGUGACAGUUUCAAGUCCAAACUACAAGGAUCCCAAUAACUUAGAAUUCCAGGAAAUUAAAGUCCUUGGAACACAGGAAUUCCGCAAUGUUAAAGUGAAACAGAAUGGGAAUCUCCUUCAAAUGUCUCCUCAAGUCACUUACAAUUCAAACCUGAAGGUUGCCACCAUCACAAAUAUCCAUCUUAAGUUGGGAGAAGCUUAUACAAUUGAGUGGGAUAUCUUCACAAGGGACGAGGAAAGGAUAGAUUGCUAUCCAGAUGAACAUGGUGCUUCUGAGGCAAAUUGCACUGCCCGUGGAUGCAUCUGGGAGGUAUCCAGCACUCCUGGGGUCCCUCAUUGCUACUUUGCUAAUGAGUUGUACUCAGUCAGCAAUGUUCAGUAUGACUCACAUGGGGCCACAGCUGACAUCACCUUGAAGGCUUCAACUUACAGCAAUGCCUUCCCCUCUACACCUGUGAAUCAACUGCAACUGAAAGUGACUUACCACAAGAACGAAAUGCUGCAGUUUAAGAUUUAUGAUCCCAACAACAAUCGAUAUGAAGUCCCAGUCCCUCUGAACAUCCCCAGUGCUCCAUCCAGCACCCCUGAAGGCCGUCUCUAUGAUGUUGUCAUCAGGGAGAAUCCAUUUGGGAUUCAAAUUCGCCGGAAGAGUACAGGCACUGUAAUCUGGGACUCUCAGCUCCUUGGGUUCACUUUCAAUGACAUGUUCAUUCGCAUCUCUACCCGCCUGCCCUCCACAUACAUCUAUGGCUUUGGGGAAACUGAGCAUACAACCUUCAAGAUAGACAUGAACUGGCACACAUGGGGCAUGUUUUCCAGGGAUGAGCCCCCAGGGUACAAGAAGAAUUCCUAUGGUGUCCACCCUUACUACAUGGGGCUAGAGGAGGAUGGCAAUGCCCACGGAGUCCUCCUAAUGAACAGCAAUGCCAUGGAUGUGACCUUCCAGCCCAUGCCUGCCCUGACAUACCGAACCAUAGGGGGCAUUCUGGACUUCUAUGUGUUCUUGGGCCCAACUCCAGAGAUUGUGACUCAACAAUACACAGAGUUGAUUGGGCGUCCUGUGAUGGUACCUUAUUGGUCCCUGGGAUUCCAGUUGUGUCGCUAUGGAUAUGAGAAUGAUGCUGAGAUUGCCAACCUGUACGAUGAGAUGGUGGCUAAGCAGAUCCCCUAUGAUGUGCAGUACUCAGACAUUGACUAUAUGGAGAGGCAGCUGGAUUUCAAGCUGAAUCCCAAGUUCUCUGGGUUUCCAGCCCUGAUCAAUCGCAUGAAGGCCAAUGGGAUGCGGGUCAUCCUCAUUCUGGACCCAGCCAUUUCUGGCAAUGAGACAGAGCCCUACCCUGCCUUCACCCAGGGUGUGGAGAAUGACGUCUUCAUCAGAUAUCCCAAUAACGGAGGCAUUGUCUGGGGAAAGGUCUGGCCUGAUUACCCUAAUAUCUCUGUGGACCCCUCUCUCGACUGGGACAGUCAAGUGGAGAGACAAGACCCUGUAUCCUGGAAUAAAACCUUCGAGGAUAUAUCCAGAAGUGUGCUGGAGACCAGAUACACCCUGUUGCCAUAUCUCUACACCUUGAUGUACAAGGCCCACAAGGAGGGCAGCACAGUUGUGCGGCCUCUUCUCCAUGAGUUUCUGGCAGACCGGGAGACCUGGAACAUUGAUAAACAGUUCCUGUUGGGUCCUGCCUUCCUAGUCAGCCCUGUGUUGGAGCCUAAUGCCAGAAAUGUCUCUGCCUAUUUCCCUAAAGCCCAGUGGUAUGAUUAUUACACGGGUGCAAACAUUAAUUCAACAGGUUGGACAACCUUGCCAGCCCCUCUCGAACACAUUAAUCUUCAUGUCCGAGGGGGCUACAUCUUGCCAUGGCAACAAUCUGCCCUGAACACAAACUUAAGUCGGAAGAAACCUCUUGGUCUUCUCAUUGCUCUGGAUGAGAAUAAAGAAGCAAGAGGAGAGCUGUUCUGGGAUGAUGGCCAGUCAAAAGAUUCUGUGGCCCAAAACACUUACCUUUUCACUGAAUUUUCUGCCACUCAAAACCAUUUGGAUGUGACAGUUUCAAGUCCAAACUACAAGGAUCCCAAUAACUUAGAAUUCCAGGAAAUUAAAAUCCUUGGAACACAGGAAUUGCUCAAUGUUACAGUGAAACAGAAUGGGAAUCUCCUUCAAAUGUCCCCACAAGUCACUUACAAUUCAAACCUAAAGGUUGCCACCAUCACAAAUAUCCAUCUCAAGCUGGGAGAAGCAUAUACAGUUGAGUGGGAAAAUUGGAGAAGGGAUGAGGAAAAAAUAGAUUGCUAUCCAGAUGAGCAUGGUGUUUCCGAAGCAAACUGCACUGCCCGUGGCUGCAUCUGGGAGGUAUCCAGCACUCCUGGGGUCCCUCAUUGCUACUUUGCUAAUGAGCUGUACUCAGUCAGCAAUGUUCAAUAUGACUCACAUGGGGCCACAGCUGACAUCACCUUGAAGGCUUCUACUUAUAGCAAUGCCUUCCCGUCUACACCUGUGAAUCAACUGCAACUGAAAGUGACUUACCACAAGAACGAAAUGCUGCAGUUUAAGAUUUAUGAUCCCAACCAUAAUCGAUAUGAAGUCCCUGUCCCUCUGAACAUCCCCAGUGCUCCAUCCAGCACCCCUCAAGGCCGUCUCUAUGAUGUUGUCAUCAAGGAGAAUCCAUUUGGGAUUCAAAUUCGCCGGAAGAGUACAGGCACUGUAAUCUGGGACUCUCAGCUCCUUGGCUUCACUUUCAAUGACAUGUUCAUUCGCAUCUCCACCCGCCUGCCCUCCACAUACAUCUAUGGCUUUGGGGAAACUGAGCAUACAACCUUCAAAAUAGACAUGAACUGGAAUACAUGGGGCAUGUUUUCCAGGGAUGAGCCUCCAGGGAACAAGAAGAAUUCCUAUGGUGUCCACCCUUACUACAUGGGUCUGGAGGAGGAUGGCAAUGCCCAUGGAGUCCUCUUGUUGAACAGCAAUGCCAUGGAUGUGACCUUCCAGCCCAUGCCUGCCUUGACAUACCGAACCAUAGGGGGCAUUCUGGACUUCUAUGUGUUCUUAGGCCCAACUCCAGAGAUUGUCACUCAGCAAUACACAGAGUUGAUUGGUCGGCCUGUGAUGGUACCUUACUGGUCCCUGGGAUUCCAGCUGUGUCGCUAUGGAUAUGAGAAUGAUGCUGAGAUUGCCAACUUGUAUGAUGAGAUGGUGGCUAAGAAGAUCCCCUAUGAUGUGCAGUACUCAGACAUUGACUACAUGGAGAGGCAGCUGGAUUUCAAGCUGAGCCCCAAGUUCUCUGGGUUUCCAGCCCUGAUCAAUCGCAUGAAGGCCAACGGGAUGCGGGUCAUCCUCAUUCUGGACCCAGCCAUUUCUGGCAAUGAGACAGAGCCCUACCCUGCCUUCACCCAGGGUGUGGAGAAUGACGUCUUCAUCAGAUAUCCCAAUAAAGGAAGCAUUGUCUGGGGAAAGGUCUGGCCUGAUUACCCUAAUAUCACUGUGGACCCGUCUUUAGACUGGGAUAGUCAAGUGGAGCAAUACCGAGCUUAUGUGGCCUUCCCAGACUUUUUCCGUAAUUCAACUGCCACGUGGUGGAAAAAGGAGAUUAAAGAACUCCACAGCAACACACAGGAUCCUGCAAAGAGCUUAAAGUUUGAUGGCCUGUGGAUUGAUAUGAAUGAACCUUCCAGCUUUGUGAACGGGGCAGUUCCUUCCGGCUGCAGUGAUGCUACCCUGAACCGCCCUCCCUAUAUGCCACAUUUGGAAGCCAGGGACAGGGGCCUGAGCAGUAAGACCCUGUGCAUGGAGGGCGAGCACAUCCUUCCAGAUGGUACCCAGGUGCGGCACUAUGAUGUACACAACCUGUAUGGGUGGUCCCAGACCAGACCCACCUACGAAGCUGUGCAGGAGGUGACAGGAGAGAGAGGGAUUGUCAUCACCCGCUCCACAUUCCCCUCUUCUGGACGCUGGGGAGGACACUGGCUGGGAGACAACACAGCUGCCUGGGACCAGCUGGGGAAAUCCAUCAUUGGCAUGAUGGAUUUCAGCCUCUUUGGUAUAUCCUAUACUGGGUCAGACAUCUGUGGGUUCUUUAACGAUGCUGAGUUUGAGAUGUGUGUUCGCUGGAUGCAGCUGGGUGCCUUUUACCCCUUCUCCAGGAACCAUAACACCAUCGGGACCAGGAGACAAGACCCUGUAUCCUGGAAUAAAACCUUCGAGGAUAUUUCCAGAGGUGUGCUGGAGACCAGAUACCUCCUGUUGCCAUAUCUCUACACCUUGAUGUACAAGGCUCACAUGGAGGGCAGCACAGUUGUACGGCCUCUUCUCCAUGAGUUUGUGUCAGACCGGGAGACCUGGAAUAUAGACAAACAGUUCCUGUUGGGCCCAGCCUUCCUAGUCAGCCCCGUGCUGGAGCCUAAUGCCAGGACGGUUGCAGCAUAUUUUCCCAGAGCCCGCUGGUAUGACUACUACACGGGUGUAGCUAUCAAUGCAAAGGGAGAAUGGAAGACCUUGCAAGCUCCUCUUGAGUACAUUAAUCUUCAUAUUCGUGGGGGCUACAUUCUGCCCUGGCAGGAACCUGCCAUGAACACGCAGUCAAGCCGUCAGAAGUUGAUGGGCCUCAGGGCUACGUUGAAUGAUGAGGGACUUGCUGAAGGCUGGCUCUUCUGGGAUGAUGGGAAAAGAAUCAAUAUCGAUCAGUACUACUUGGCCAGGUUUUCUGUCAGCCAGAAUACAUUGCAGACACAUGUAAUGCAUAACAAUUACAUCACUGGCACAGCACCCUUGUAUUUAGGCUACAUUGACAUCUGGGGAUUGAGCACUUCUUCCAUUACCAGUGUGAAGAUCUCUUGGAACAAUGUUAAUGAAGAAGUCAUCUCUCACUACGACCCCACAACCCAGAUAUUAAGUGUCAAUGUGGCAGACAAAAAAAUCAGCCUGCAUGCUUUCAAGUCACUGACAUGGAACUCUUCAUAAUUUUUAAAGCAAGAUACUAUGAACAGAUUUAUAUUGCUUAUACUUCAUAGUGAUAUAAUAAUUGUAUAUCAUCAAUUGUUUCAUUACCAGUAUGGCUAGGAUAUUUUAUGGUUUUAUUUUGUUAUUUUUUUGUGUGUCUAUAUGACUCCCAAAGUUACUAUCUCUACUGUAUCUAUAUAAUUAGUGUGGUAUAUAUGGUUCAUCACAUGACAUUCAUUGAAAGCAUGAAGAUGAAAGUGAUUCAUGUUGAAGUGUGUGUGUGUGUGUGUGUGUGUGUGUGUGUGUGUGUGUGUGUGUGUAGGGGAUUCAAAUGUUUUCCUAAAGAUACAGCAGAAAUAUUGUCAUGGCAGCUCCUAUUUAAAGUUAAGCAACUCUUAAGAAGUAUGCAGGAGGAACUUCUGCAAGGUGGUCUGGGGGAGGAGACCAAUAUACUGAGAGUAUAAUGGAGGAUGAAGGAAAAGAACAGAGAAGGAAGGAAUCAUGAAAGAUGUGAAGCAAAGGUAGGCAACAGCAAGAGUAACAGUCAUCCUCUGGAGGGAGCCUUGUGUGGGGCGGGGGGAAGGGGAGAAGGAGUCACCUCACUGGAAGGAGAAUAGUGGGUUGGAGAAAUUAUUAACAUUCGGGAAGGCUGUGGGGAGAUUUAAGUAGAGAGAGCUAAAGGAAGGCAUUGAUGUAUAAAAUAAGUUGUUUUAUAGAGGUGUGAUUUAAAGUGUAUAAAUCUUAUUUGUUGACCAUAUCAUGUACAUAACAACAGUUUACAUAAACGUCUAUGAUUUACAUGCCACAGAAAAAUAAAGCAAUGAAUUUGAAAGACA